AUGAGUAACACUCCUGGUGCCUCCUUCAACAUUGGCAAGGAGGCCAGAGAUCUUCUCUACAAGGAUUUUGCUUAUCAACCGCCCGUGCGGUUUGAUUAUCGAAGCCUCAACUGGAGCAGUGAUGUUUCAUACAAAGUUAAACUGAUUGCUCCUGGCCUCAGCACCCUCUUCAGUUUUACCAUACCAGAUUAUGGCAGGGUGGAGCUGCAAUACGAAAGCCCUUGUGCUGGGAUUGCUGGAGGAAUGGGACUGAUACGAAAUUCCUCCAAUACAUAUGAUCCAGUUGCAAACUUCUCUGGUGUGGUAGGCAUAGGAGGCAGUUCUCUGUUCACCAUUGGAGCUGACCUUGCCGUUGACAUAGCUACGGGGGAAUUUGACAAUAACGCCGGUUUGAGCUUCAAUAGUGCCUUUGCUACUGUUUCCUUGUCCUUGGACAAGCUUGAUACUUUAAAAGCUUCAUGGUACCACAUGGUGAACCCCCUGACCAACACAGCCCUUGGAGCAGAGUUGAAACAUAGCUUUUCAACAAAUGAUACUGCCCUCGCGGUCGGCGCCCGGCAUGCAUUUUUCCCCUCUACGCUGGCGAAGGCUCGAGUUAGCACGCACGGCAGCGUUGGUGUUGUUAUACAGCAAGGAUUCUGGCAAAAGAUCUUUAUGUCUAUAUCUGGAGAGGUGGAUUUUGUAGGCAUGAACAAGAGUCCAAAAAUUGGACUAUCUCUGGCUGUUAGGCUCUAA